GACUAUCUAUUCGAAAUAUUCACAACAGUACCAGACCCUCAUUUCUCGCCCGCAAUCACUACGAUCAAGCUUCUGGAUCACGAAGAUCGCAAUACAGGAGACUUUACAUGAUAUAGCAGUCGCCACAAAUGCCGAAACGGGUACGAGAGAAGGCGGACGACGAUUUCCAUAGUCGAAAGAGGUCUCAUAAUGUUUCCUCAGAGCUGGAGCGUCCCCAUAGCACCAGGACCAGCUUGUUUGAUCGUUGCAGCGAUGAAGCUCUCCUCCUUAUCCUCUCGCAUCUAUCUGCCAGAGAUUUGACCGUGUGCUCCAGGGUAUGCCGGAAGCUCAAUAGUUUGGCCAAUGACUCAAUAGUCUGGAAGAAUCUGUUUUAUAGAGUGUUCAUCGAACCACGAGAAUCGCGGUCUCAGAAGCGACGAGACCGUCGACAUUCACACCCACCUGACUGGUUUGCGAAAGACGCUGCAUAUGAUUCUGAUGUUUCAUGGAAAUCUGUUUACAAGCUUCGGCAUAACUGGCACAAGGGCCGGUGCUCAGUCGAUGCGAUUAAUGUGUCAAGUGGCGCUGGUGAAUCAGCCGAAAACUGUGCUGAGUUGAAUGAGAAUUUGGUGGUCAGAUUUGAAGGUCGAACCAUCGUCACCGCAGAUUCCAAAUACGGAUUAAGAAUCUGGGAUGCCCGCGGAGAGUCUGUUGCGUCAUCAGCUCUUCCUACUCAAUAUUCGAAUGUCGACUAUACUGGGAGCUACGGCGACCCCUCAGCAUUAUGGGUCGACAAAUCGAGCGUGGUAUUGGACUACGAGGCUUUGACAAUAUUGGUCGGAUUCACCAACGGUGGAUUCGCUAUCUAUACUGCCGAUUUCUCUAGCAGUGAGGUACUUACCCUAAAGUAUGCGCAGCCGUCCAGGGCAGGAGGGGACCCGAUAAUCUCGGCUGCUAUCGAGUAUCCAUUUUUGAUUACGCUUUCUAGCAACAAGGUCGUCAAUAUAUUUCAAUUCGAGGAGCAAGUGGAAACUACGCGCGGCGAAAAAGCCAGUCAUACCUACGAGAAGACAUCAUUGAUUACAUCUCUGCGAGCGCAAUCUGUCUCCGGUCCUACUUCUUUAUCUAUGCGCAAGAGCACUAUCAGUGAAAAAGUGUAUGCUACGAUUGCUUACACCCAUCCGGUUCUCGCCAGCAGGGACUGGACUGUUGCGGUACAGGAGAUCGAACUCGACCCCACAUCCGGCAUGACCCGUUUGCGGACCGCAAAUGCUCUCUCUAAGACGCCAGCAUCGAUAUAUUCAUCCCAGCUGUGGACCGCGCACCCAGACAUUUACUUUACACUUUCGGAUCCUCCAACCCCCAAUUGCUCCUCCUCAGUCCCUCCAACUUCAUUAUCAUACGCCCAUCCCUUUCUUCUUACCUCACACGCCGACAAUACGCUUGUUUCUUAUCUGGUUAGAAGCACGGAUUCGGAGCUGAACAUAACGUCAGGUCAAAGACUCUGGGGCCAUACUAAAAGCGUUGCUAAUGUCGAAGUUAAAGAGCGCGGAAAAGCGGUCAGCAUAUCAGCUGAUGCAGAGGAGAUUCGUGUCUGGGAUUUGGAACCUAUGCAUCUCGGCCGACUGAAUAGAGAUAGCGUACAGAUAAGAGUUUCGGACAAUCAAGACAACUUGCCGAAACGAAUUGGUAACUUUUUCGGGUUUGACGAUGAGAAGGUCGUUGUCGAGGAAGAUCGAGAAUCGGGAAAAGUUGUCCUACUAUACGAUUUCACUUAAGAGCAUUCGGGGAGCAUAUAUUAUUUUGGAAACAUGGUUGGGGUUCUAGGCGAGGGUGUUUUGGAGUUAGAAAUUUUCUGUUUGUCUAUCGUUCUAUAUAAUUGUGUAGAUUGCCUUUCGGUGAUCUAGUUUCUGUGAUAUAUCAUCUUCAGAAUGAAAGAAGACGGUCUUAUAGAGCAUCAAAUGCCUUCUGAACAACCUUUCGCUGGUUCCAGUUUAGUGUCGUACUAAGACUUUCGAACCAAUCGCUCCCAAGCUUCUUGCUCUGAAUCAUAGGAA